AUGCGACUAUGCGCUGCGUCUACCGUGGCCCUGGGCCUACUUACCGUUGGCUCAGGAGCUCUCCUCCCGGAGCCCGCUAAGGACCUGAAGACCAUCUCUAGCGGUCUCUUCCCGGGUUUCUCGAUCUCUUACAAGCAGGCAAGCCUUCGAAACUCCCUAAUUCGCUGGUCUCCCAUAAUAACCCCUUAUCGAACAGACACAUAUAUUCAGAAUGCACCUCUCUCGUUGUGGCUGCAGGGCGGGCCUGGCUCGCCGUCGGUCGUCGCUGCGCUGGGCUCAAAUGGACCGUGUAUCGUGCUCGAGGAUUCUAAGACGACAAAGUUGAAUGAGUGGAGCUGGAACUCCGGCGCGAACAUGCUGUAUCUUGACCAGCCCGUGCAAGUCGGUUUCUCCUACGAUGAGCUUGUGACAGGGACCGUCAACGAGACGCUUUCACCGUUCUUAGUUACGAAGAGCAAUGCUUCGGUAGUUGGCGGGGACGAUUUGAACGCACUUCCGGGGAUAUUUCCGUCACAGAAGCCUUCCCAGACCGUAAAUACCACGGCCUCAUCGGCGAGGGCGAUGUGGUGGUUCCUACAGAGCUGGCUGCAAGAAUUUCCCGAAUAUAGCCCUCCUAACAAAACUUUAUCUAUCUGGGGCGAGUCAUACGGCGGACAUUACGCCCCGGCUCUUGCGUCGCACAUCGCGGCCCAAAACUCACUGCUCCGCUCGUCGCAGUCCAAUAUGUCGAAACACGCGAUUCCUAUUACCGUCGAUGCCUUGGGACUGGUCAAUGCGUGCAUUGAUAAUAUUGUGCAGACGCCACUUUAUCCCGAAUUUGCAUUUAACAACACGUACGGGAUCCAAGCCAUCAACGAGACUGAGUAUAAGGCCGCGCGGGCUGUUGUCCCAGAGUGUAUACGCCUAUCCGAGAAGUGCCGCGCCUUGGGCGACGAGCUUGAUCCGCACGAAUGGGGAUCCGUCAAAGAAGUCAACGAUGCAUGCGCGGCAGCAUUCAUGUUCUGUUUUGGAAGUGACAAGGCCGCAUCCAAGAUGCAGCCGUUCCAGACUAAGGGUCGCGACCUCUUCGAUAUCACCCAGCCGAAGCCCAACCCAUUCCCGCCUAAGUUCGCUGCCGGCUACUUGAAUAUGCGCGAAACGCAACAAGAUCUAGGUGUCCCUCUCAACUUUACAGGCUUCUCGGCGGCUGUCAAGACGGCUUUUGAUUCGACAGGCGACUUUAUUCGAGGAAAAAGUCUCGCCGAAUUGGGCCAGUUGCUCGACGCCGGCACGCGAGUCAUGCUGAUGUAUGGCGACGCUGAUUAUCAAUGCAAUUGGCUCGGGGGAGAGCAAAUCAGCCUCGCAAUCAACUCGUCUGUAUCCGCAGGGUUUCGCGCUGCAGGAUACACAGAUUUAUUCACGAACAGCUCGUACAAAGGGGGAGUGGUGAGAGAAUACGGCGGUCUUUCUUUCGUCCGUGUUUUUGAUGCCGGUCAUGCAGCACCAUAUUACCAACCCGAAACAGCACACGCAAUCUUCACGCGCACUCUCGCCCGCACUGAUAUCGCUACAGGCCAGUCUAACAGCUUUAGAGCCAGCAGCGGCCCGUCCAGUUCUUUCGGCAUCAAGAACGCGAUUCCACCCCCAAACAAACCGUUGUGUUACGUCUGGGAUGUUUUCGAGACGUGUAGUGCGCGCGAGACUGCCCUUUUGGCGGCCGGCAGGGGCGUAGUGCGUGACUUUGUGCUCGUUGGGGAGAGGACUGAUAACGGAACGGAGAUUCUGUAUGGGAACGGAAAUGUUCAUGGUGGCGGAAAUAAUCCGUCGGCUACAAUUUCAACAUCAACACCAAAUAAUACCGAGACGGCCAGAGCAGGAGCGGGCAGACGUGUUGUUGGUGGGCUAAUUGGUGGAUUAGUAGCUGCAGUUAGUAGCGUGGUGCUCUUGAUCUGGCUAUAA